AUGUUACUCAAUCGUCUACCCCAGGAGCUGGUCCUUAUGGUUGCCGAGUACCUCGAAACCGAGCGUGAUUUCAAUUCACUGGUCCGAACCUCGAAGGAAUCACACGACAUCCUCAAUCAUCACCUUUACCGGCACAACUCAAAACAUCACAACAGUUCAGCUUUACACUGGGCUGCUGAACACGGAAACGAGGCUACUACUCGGAGGUGCAUCGAGGAAGGG